GAGGCGCUGGGUCACGCAUGGCCCCAUCUUAUCCCGCGUCGGGUACCUCCUCCACUCGCUGGACCGCCGCCGCAGCACCGGCCCCGAGCUGCGGCGAGCAGGCCUAAGUCACAGCUCUGGAGCGAGAAGGUCAUCAUUCCUUUGCAGGAUGCUGAGAGUUGUCAAGCUUCCAACACAAACAACGCACAAGGGCAGACAGUCACGUGCAAACACAGCGUAGGAAGGGAAACCGCUGGAUCCCAGUCAGUCUCCACUCCGCCGGGCCCUUGGAACGCUGCUCCAAACCCCUCGGCAACCCAGCAUUCCUGCAAGGGUUAUGUGGUCCACAUCUUCAGAGAGUGCAUCGAUUUUUACGCGUGUUGCAUUUGUGCGGAUCCCAAAACUUAG